AUGACAGCUGACGCCCACCAACCGUCACAUCAGAUAAUUAAAUGGGUCAAAUACCCAUCUGGAGCUGCCCACAAGACAUGGGUCGACCCAUGGGUUCGUAUCAUUCUUCCUGUCAAAUCUUUGAUUCGGUUCAGAUCCGUUUCAAAGCAAUGGAAGUCUCUGAUCGAUAGCUCUGAAUUCAUCACUCAUCACACCCUCAACCACUCUCAACCGCAACAUCUACUGGUAAGCUACAUCACAGGAGCUACUGGGCACAGAGCUGUUUCUGCGGAUGCAUGUUUGCCCGAGGACAAAUAUGUUUCCAUUGUUGAUGAUGAUAACUUCCCCCACCACAAGUUUUCCCCUGUUGUUCCCCCAACUGUUCAGCUGCUUCUGCAUCCAUUUCUGCUAGGUUGCUCUCACGGAUUGGUGUGUUUGCUUGGAUACACCCGAGAUCGAGUGAACAGAAAGAAACUGGUUGUUGUUUGGAAUCCGCUAAUUGGGAAAUCUGUUGGUAUAGAGAUACCGGAUCGAGCCGAUAUUGCUAUUGGUUUUGGGGUGUGUCCUAAAACUAACGACCCUAAGAUCCUCAAGAUUUCACGUUUUGUCGACAGCGAGGCCAAGGCCAUGGCUGAGGUUUUCACAUUAAGCUUUGGGGCUUGGAGAAGUGUACUGAUAAAUAAGCCGUUUAAGUUUAAAUCGUUGCAGUUCUGGAAUACACAGGUGGUUAUAGACGGGGUUAUUUAUUGGCUCGCUUAUGAUCAUAUUACAGAUAUACUUAGGUUUUAUUCAUUUGAUUUGGCAAGUGAAGAAUUUGGAGAAGCAGUAGACUUUCCUUAUAACUUAGCAGGUCACUCUGGAAGGAUGUACGAUAUGUCUAAGAUCAACGAUUCUCUUGUGGUGCUUAGUUAUCACUGUAUUGGUACUAAUUUAACACCGAAACCAUGUUGUGACGUAUUGAUGAUGUUGAAAAAUGGUGUUCCAAAACCCUCCUUUACAAAACUAUUCACUGUUAACUACGAUCGGAUUAAUCGUAUGAUUGGAUUUAGGAAGAAUGGCCAACCGAUAAUGGAUCGGACGAACACACAUGGAUAUGAUGGUGAACUAGAAGUUUAUGAACUCUGCUCGGAACGCAUCAACGGUCUUGGGAUUUAUGGGUCGGACUUCAGGAUGAGGUCCUACACAGAAUCACUACUUUUGCUUAAUCAUUCACUCAUAGAUGAUGAAUCUACUUUUAAAUCCUAG